AAAAAAAAAGGGAAAUAUUGAUCAUCACAAUAAUGGGAUUAUUUCCCUUCUUUUCAUUUUCUCUUUUCACAAUAUGCAUUAUUUUUUCAUCUCUUCAAAAUUCAAUUCUUGGUUGUUCUGACUUAAUCAAACAAUCAUGCAAGAAUGCUACAAAUGAUGAUCCAAAUUCCACCUAUGAUUUUUGCAUCAAAAUCUUAGGGGAAAAUCCUAAAUCCAACAAGGCUAAAACCAUUGAAGAGCUAGCCUUAGCCACUAUUGACCUAACAAUAUGUAAUGCUACCAAAGUUGUUUCCACUAUUUCCAAGGUUAUGAGGUCAAAAGUAUUGAAAACUUCUUAUGGCAACGCCUGUCUUAAAAACUGCUUGAGUAUCUACUCUGACGCUAUUUCAGCUUUACGAGAGGCGAAACGCGCUAUUCGAAUCAAAGACUUCAAGAAAGCUAGUGUCGAAAUUAGCUCUGCAGUGGAUGCUCCUUCCACUUGUGAAGAUGGCUUCAAUGAGGCACAAGGUGAAGUUUGCCCUAUAAGUAAAGAGAAUAAUUUAUUCUUUCAACACACUGUGGUUUCUCUUGCUUUUAACAAUAUGGAUGGUCAUAUUGGUUUAUAAUUAUAAUAAUAAGCUUUGAAUUUUAAUUUCAUUUUGAUUUUCCAUAAUACUUUAAAUUGUAUUUGUAUAUCUAUUUUAAUAUUGCUUAAAUAUAUUGUCCCUAUAUAUGUGUAUAGUACCUUGAUCAUGUAUCAUGAGUAUUGAGUAGAAACCAAUUAGAGAAAUAUGAGAACUUAUAACAAAAUUAAUGUAAAUCAAAUAAUCAGUGAGAAUAUGUAUAUGCUUCAUAGCAUAAAAAAUGAGAGUAUAUAUAGUUUUAUUUUUUUGUUCAUCUA